CGCGGCGACUCCCAAACUGCACUCAGGAUGAAUUGAGCGACAGCGAGAGCGCCAUCUGUCGUGGAGUUUGGGCGACUUCCUUCCCGUUCGUCAUUCAGCGUUCUGCUUGCACCCAGUUCACCGUCGCGUUCAGUUACUGCCGUUCAUCACGAUGGCACCCAUUCUCGGAUAUUGGAGCAUCAGAGGCCUUGCACAGCCAAUUCGGCUUUUGUUAGCCUACACUGAAACAGAAUUUGAAGACAAGAUGUAUGACUGUGGUCCAGGGCCAAAGUUUGACCGUUCUUGCUGGACUGAUGUCAAACCAACGCUAGGAUUGCCAUUCCCAAAUCUACCUUACUACGUUGAUGGAGAUUUGAAGCUAACCCAGAGCAACACAAUUAUUCGCUACCUUGGAAGGAAACACGGCCUCGCUGUUAGUAAAGAUGAUGUUAUUCGAGAGGACCUUGCUUUGGAUGCGGCUGGUGACUUCCGGACAGGAUAUGGGCGUCUGUGUUACAGCCCACUGUUUGAACGAAUGAAGGAGGGUUAUCUCAAGGAUAUACCUAGCAAGCUAGGUGCCCUUGCAGAAUUCCUUGGGGUGAAAUGGUUUACAGGCAAAAAUCUAAAUUUUGUGGAUUUCAUCAUAUACGAGCUUCUUGACGUUCACGUUGAAUUGGAACCAACGUGUCUCGAUGAACUCAAGACGCUGCAAGCAUUCAAGCUUAGAUUUGAGGCCCUCCCAACUAUCAAGAAGUACAUGGCGUCAGAUAAGUUCAUGAAGGCUCCCCUCAACAACAAGAUGGCGAAGUUUGGCAACCAGUAGACCUGUGGGAGAUCACGAAUUUUGAAUUUCGACCAAGCUUUGGAUUAUCACACACAGCGCCUGAAUCUGUGACGUCAUCGCACCAUCGUGAAUGGACUUCGGGGAACAAACGCUCGGAACUGUCGUUGGAAAGAUUGUUGUAGAUGGAUGAUUAUUUUUAAUAAUUCAUAUUAUGUUUAUAUUCGCCUAAGCUAUAAUUGGAUUUUGAAACUACAGCUUACGUUUGGUUUCAUAAUUUAUAG